AUGAUCGCAUAUAUGCUGUCGGUUGGCAUGACCGACAGCGCUGCAAGUCUCCGCCGGGAGUCCAAUCUGGCCGACACUUUCGACGAUGCUACAGCUAAAAAGUAUGAAACUUUGCUGGAAAAAAAAUGGACCUCUGUUGUCCGACUUCAGAAGAAGAUAAUGGACUUGGAGGCCAAGAAUGCCCUUCUGCAGCAGGAAAUCGAGACUGCCACGCCUCUUUCGUCGAAUCGCAAGAUUGACCCUACGACCUGGCUCCCGAGAGCACCAGCUAGACACUCCUUACAAGGCCACCGACUUCCGGUCACGUCGGUGGCAUUCCAUCCUAUUUUCAGCUCUCUCGCGUCUGGCUCAGAAGACUCGACUAUCAAGAUCUGGGACUGGGAGCUGGGCGAGCUCGAAAGGACACUGAAGGGCCAUACCAAGGCAGUGCUCGACGUAGACUUUGGCGGUCCAAGAGGGGGCACACUGCUAGCAAGUUGCAGCAGCGAUUUGACUAUCAGGUUAUGGGAUCCAAGCGACGAAUAUAAGAACAUCCGAACCUUGCCCGGCCAUGAUCAUUCCAUUUCAUCGAUCCGCUUUAUCCCUUCGGGAGCUGCAGGCGCUCCACUCUCAGGAAACAUGCUGGUCUCUGCGUCAAGAGACAAGACGCUCCGGAUAUGGGAUGUCACUACGGGAUAUUGUUUAAAAACGUUGAAAGGGCAUACAGACUGGGUCAGGACAGUGACACCAUCGAUUGACGGUCGAUGGUUAUUAAGCGCAGGGAACGAUCAGAUACCUCGGUUAUGGGAUGCAAACUCUGGCGAGGUCAAGAUCACCUUUCUAGGCCAUGAGCAUGUGGUUGAGUGUGUGGCAUUCGCACCGAGCUCAUCCUACGUCCAUCUGGCCAGCAUUGCUGGUUACAAAAAGCCACCGCCGACAAGCAGCAGUGGAGAUUUCCUAGCCACAGGGGGGAGAGACAAAAUCAUCAAGAUCUGGGACAAUCGGGGCACAUGUCAUAAAACGUUGGUGGGACAUGACAACUGGGUGAGAGGCCUUGUAUUCCAUCCCGGUGGCCGAUAUUUGCUUUCAGUAUCCGACGACAAGACCAUUCGGUGUUGGGAUUUAUCUCAGGAGUGCAAAUGCGUCAAAGUGGUAGACGAUGCCCACCAACAUUUCAUCAGCAGCAUACGAUGGGCACCAGACAUUCCAAUCCAACCAGCCACCAACGGAGACAGCAACGGGACCACAGCAACUGGCAAGAAGGAAGAUAGUGGAGGAGGAGGUAGAAUCCGGUGUGUGAUUGCAACAGCCAGUGUUGACCUCAAUGUCCGUGUUUUUGCUGGCUGA